GGCAGGUUUGCAGCCACUUUCACAAGUCACUGGAGCUGUACCACCAAGUCCCUCAUUUUAAUCAGCACUGUUGUGUUAUUUGAUGUAGCAUGUGAGGGCCAAUGUGACAUCUUGUCCCACAGACAGAGAGAUCUCUGCACAAUGCCAGUAUUGCCCUUGGAUGAACUCCAGCUGACAGAGACGGAACCAAAGACAGGGAAACUGAGGACUUUACCAGCAUUGCAUCCGGAAAUGAAAGCUGAUCGGUCUUUUGUGCUAUAUAAACCACCCCCUAAAGUCAGAGACCCUGCUCUAGUGGAGGAGUUCUUGGAACGAGCAAAGUUCAUUGCAGAUGAUUUGAACUGGCUUCUGGCUUUGCCUCAUGAUAAAUUUUGGUGCCAGGUCAUAUUUGAUGAGACACUUCAGAAAUGCCUGGAUUCAUACCUGUGCCAUGCCCCUCGCAAGUUUGAUGCAUCAUUUGAUUUCCCUCCGGAGGUGAAUGACAUGCAGAAAUGCCUUCAUCAGAGUGUCUUCCUAACUUUCCUCAGAAUGUCCACUCACAAGGAGUCCAAAGAAUACUUCAUCACACCCUCUGUUUUUGGAGAAAUUCUUUACAAUAACUUCCUGUUUGACAUCCCUAAGAUUCUGGAUCUGUGUGCGCUCUUUGGGAAAGGAAAUGGCACCUUACUUCAGAAGAUGAUUGAAAACAUCUUCACUCAGCAAUCCAGUUACUUCAGUGACUUGAAUGAAACAGUGCCCACAGUCCUCCAGGUGUUCAACAACAUUCUGCAGGAGUGUGGCUUGCAAUGUCACGGGGCCUCAGCCACACCCCAGAAACUGGAAGAAAGAGUCAAAGUGACUCCUAGUGCCAUGCCUCUCCAGGCAUUGAAGGAUAUCGUGCUGUACUUGUGUGACACUUGCACUACCCUUUGGGCCUUUCUUGAUGUCUUUCCCCUGGCCUGUCAGACCUUUCAAAAACAUGACUUCUGUUCCAGACUGGCUUCAUUUUAUGAACUCGCAAUUCCUGAACUGGAAUCUGCAAUUAAGAGAAGGACAUAUGAGGAUAAGAGCUUACUGGCUGACUUGUGGAGGAGGCUUUCUCAUUCCAGGAAGAAGGUGGUGGAAAUCUUUCAUAUUCUCAUUAACCAGAUCUGCCUCCAGCCCAUCUUAGAAAGCAGCUAUGAGAAUAUUCAGCCCUUUAUUGAAGAGUUUCUGCAGAUCUUCACCUCAGUGCUUCAGGAGAGGAGGUUUCUUUGUGACUAUGAUGAGCUGUUUCCUGUCGCAGAUGAUGUGAGUCUGCUUCAGCAGGCAUCCUCUGCCUUGGAUGACACCCGGACAGCAUAUAUCCUCCAAGCCGUGGAAAGUGCCUGGGAAGGUGUGGAGAGGAGAAAAACACAAGUCGUUAAAAGCCCACCUCCACCAAUGGUAUCUGAUGGAGCUUCAGCAAUGGUGGAAAAUGCUGCUAAGGACUCAGAAGGGCUUGAUGAUGCGUACAAUUUGGAGUAUGAUUGUGCUGGAGCAGCUGCAGCACCCACUGCCAAGGUCUCGGGGGUGGAGUUGGAUUCUUUGAUCUCUCAAGUGAAAGAUCUGCUGCCUGACCUAGGGGAGGGCUUCAUCUUGGCCUGCCUGGAGGAGCACAGCUACAGGGUAGAGCAGGUGAUAAACAACAUCCUGGAGGAUAGGCUGGUGCCAUCCCUGGACAAACUGGAGCGAACAAUGCCAAGGCAGGUGAAGACAGAACCAACCCCUCUGGUGACUUCUCGAUACAACAUCUUCCAGGAUGAUGAGUUUGAUAUAUUCAGCAGGGACUCAGUUGACAUGUCCCGGGUACAAAAAGGCAAGAGGAAGGACAAGGAUACGACAAAGAGUUUACUGAAUGACAAGCGCCUGAUAGCUGAGCAGAAGGAACGCUACAGCCAGUACGGUGUGAUUGUAGAGGAGGUCCCUGAGCAGGAGGGGGAAGCCCAGUUCUAUAGGGUUGACUAUGAGGAUGAAUACGACGACACCUAUGACGGCAACCAGGUGGGGGCGAACGAUGCUGACUCAGACGAUGAGCUGAUCAGUAGGAGGCCAUUUACCAUCCCUCAAGUCUUGAGACCCAAAGGACAAGAGGAAGAGGAGGAGGAGGAGGAGGAGGUGGAAGAGCCUGAAAAGGAAACAACAAAGCAGGACCAUUUUGUGCAGGACCCAGCAGUGCUGAGGGAGAGAGCUGAAGCCAGACGGAUGACUUACCUUGCAAGGAAAGGGUACAAGCAUGACAACACCUCAGCUGUUGUAGGGAAUGCCAAGGGGCAUGGACAGAGCCGGGAUACAGUCCAAGACCGAAGGAAGAAGGAAGCCAACAAAGGGGCAAGAGCUAAUCAUAACCGCCGAGUCAUGGCUGACAGGAAACGGAACAAAGGCAUGAUCCCUUCCUGAGGGAGGGACUCUUAGCCCAAAGCAUUGCAUUGCAUUCAGGCCUUCACUUCUGAGGGCCUUCUGAUCUUCAGGUUAUGGUGCAAUACCUAGCCCUUCAGUUUUAACUGGGAUCACCCAGCCCUUGGGCAAGCUUUCCAUUUGUGAAUAGGAACUGCCUAUCAGGCAGGCUUGCUGCUGUGCUAGUUGUCAAUGUGGCAGCAGGUCUCUCAGAUGCAUAGGACAGGCUGCAACAGCCAUUCAGGUUUUUUUAAAAACUAUUUGUAACGAUUCUGUGAGAACUUAUUUUCGUAUAAGAAACAUCCCCCACAACUGCCUGGCGCAUCCAGUCAGCACAGCUAAGAGCACUUAGAAUGAGCACUACAACUGACAGUGAAGUUUGCCUGCGCUGUUAGCUACAGCUGCCCACUCCACACACGGUGCCUUAUCCUGCAGUAGACUUAUGGCAUGUAUAGAAACAAAUGCACAACAGGCCAUUCCUGUUGCUGACAAAACCCUAGGAGUUCAGCUGUAUGAUGUACUUUAAAUUCCUCUCCCUCGAGCGAGAAAUGUGGAUAAAAACAUGCAGAUAAAGAAUUUGAAUCUUUCGGCUUGGUGUUUUAUGCAGUUUCUGUCAAUGAACCCUAUCUAAUUUCAUUUGUCUCUUAUCUGUUAGGAGUGAACUGUCAUAUGUCUGCAGUUAGGAGCUUGUUUAAUGAAGUGAGGUGUGCAGUGGAUAUGCAGGGACCAAAGCCCCUUUGAAAUGCAGUUGCUAUCAAGGCAUCUAAAGCAUGAUAUUUGCAAUAUGCAAAUUAGGUGAGGAGAAGGCAUGCAGUGAUUUGCCUGUGCGCUCACAGUCCAUAGAGUUGCUUUCCCAAUAGCUACUUGUCACCACUCAUUAAGCAGAGCAGCUCAGAUCAUACCUGUCAUGGGGAAUGCUAUCAGCAAGUAAUAGCAAUCUCUGCCUGCUGAAAGAGGUCUCAAGAGAAACAAUCUUGUCAUACAAAAAGUCACUUCUACAGAAUGAGACCAUUCCUGAGGUCACUUGAAUCUAUUUGUAAGGUACUCAGAUACCAUGGUGAGGGCUGCCUCGCAAGAGCCUAGAUAGACAUUGGAGAUGGUGCUAGCUGUCUGUGAUACAAAUGUCAAUAAGUUGUCAUUAAAUAUCUGCACAUUUAAAACACGUUCUGCUCACCAGCAUACAGACUUGUAGUAUUUAUUUUCAAAUGCAGGAUGAGUACAUUAGCUCCUUGCACAAACAAAUGACAAAUGGCUUGUGGUAGAUGAGCCUGUUCCAAAGAAAGACCCGGGCAAUUUAUUUUCGGUGUAUUGCUGCUACUUCAAAUGCACUGAAUUCCAGGCUCCCUGCAUUCUAGCCCUUGUUUCAGUGUGCGUAGCACUACGUAUUGCUUUUCUGCACAUGCUGCAAGAGGCAGUGCACAUGCUGCAAGAGGCAGGCUUUUGUUAAGCUUUGUAUGCACGUCUCUCACUGCCAAGUUAUACGCAGGGGGAGGAGAUUGUACAGCUAUGUGAUUAGUGCGAGAACACUGGGGCUGCUUUCAGAAAAUGGAAAUGGCUGUCACUAUUAUGCAGAUAGGAUAAAGCCUGAAUGUUCACAGGAUAAAAUUUUCUGUACUAUUCAACAGCCCACUAGGACAUGGGGUAAAAGGAAUUAACACUUGCGCUUUCCCAAAAGCCAUUGUCAUGGGAAACUACUUACCCCUUGUACUUUCAUUGUUAUCCCCUUUUGCCUAAUUGCUUUUUGCCAGACUUGCUACAACAGCUCCCUAUCUAAUAUGUAUUCAUUGCUAGGUAACUCUAGCUUCAAGGCUGCUGAAACCACCAUCACUAGUUCAGCAUAGCACAAAGCUAGCAGCACUGCAGGUAAACUUACUUACAUUAGAAGCAAAGGUGGGUUUUUGGGUAGGUUAUGAGAUUAGCCCAGCAAGGCCUAAAUCCUACCCCCUAGGGUGCCCUCUAGAAAAGCAAUUUAAGGCUGGUAGGAAUCUACAGCAGCUAUUUUUUCCUCAAACAAAAUAUUGGCAAAUCUUCCUUACCCACCCACUGUGGUUAAUCUAUUUUCACUAUCCAUAAAGCUUUUCUCCAGGUCAUGCUACUGCUGUAGCAAGCUCCAUUCCACCUCAGAGUCAUCCAUCAGCAAAACUCCAAUUGCAUGUUAUUAGUGGAAGUGUAACAAGUAGAAAGACAGUUCAAGUGUAAGGUGUGUAGGACUGGCAGCCAGCUUGGUUUAUACAGUACUGGAUUGGAUGGGCAAGAAGUAGCUGGUUUCCAUCAUCCCCAUGCACUAAAAACAGAUUCCUACUGGACAACUUAAAGGAAUCAGGUAGUUAGAUAAUGCUUUAACCUCCUCAAGUCUUGGCCUGUGAAGAGGGUUUCUGCAAAUAGGCAGCAAGGGAGCAUGGGAACUGAUGGCACUGCUGUCACUUCGGAUGAGAGAUUUAAAGCUGCUUCCCACUACAGACAGACAAGCAUUAGCACUGCUCCACCUAGCAGGCUAAUAGCACCGUGACACAAAACCACACAUGGCAGCUUGGGCUAGCUGCUGGCAUACAAUCCCACCCAACAUCUCUGCUACAGGCUAAGGCACAGCUAGCAUGGUAGUCUACCCAUUCUGGGAAACAGCUUGCCUGCUGCUGUAUAGCCAUAGCUACAAUCUCACUAUAGUAUUGCCAUAUCCCUUCCCAUUGCUUGGUUUUUACCACUUUCCCCCAUGUCUGUAUGAUAUUUAGCUUUAUGCUCCCAGGGCCGGCACUGUCUGUUUAGCACCUUAUGUACUGUGUCAAACAGCAAAAUAAUAAGGCACCUGCACCACCACUUCAGCAUACUCAUAGGGUACAUCCAGACUACCCCCUGGAUAGCGAUCGAUCCCCGAACACACACCUGUCAACGCCAGAACUCCACCAGGGCGAGUGGCAGUAGCAGAGUCAACAGGGAGAGCCAUGCUGUCGAUCUCAUGCUGUGAGGACAGGAGAUAAGUCAAAAUAAUAUCGACUUCAGCUACGCUAUUCCUGUAGCCGAAGUUGCAUAUCUUACAUCAACCCCCCUGCCCCAGUAUAGACCAGGCCCUACUGCAUGGGGAAAAGGCUGAACAGAACGCUCAAGACAAAUCACUACAGCCCUCCCAGCAUGGUAAUGCAGAGCUCCAGCCCUGUACUAAAUUUAAAAUGAGUUAGUCACUUUCCAAGAGCUUAUAGGGCUCUCAGAUAUCAUUAGAAUACACCACCUCUACAUCCUAUUUACAACCGCUUCGUUUUAGCCCUUCUUCCUGUGUUGGGCUUUGUUUUUUUAUGUGCAGCUCAGGCCAGCUCUGAGCGCAAAGCAGCACUUCCCACUGGUAAGUGAAGGAUAUUUGAAAGUUAAGAUUUUAAUUAAAAUCAAUACUACUGAGGCAGCCAUCUUGCUGAACAAGUGCAUAUCAGUUGUCAGCAAACAGGCUAGAUGGUUUGUCUGAGAUUAACAAAGAUACAGCCCCAGCACCAAAACUGGGUGCUUUGAUAUACUAAUUAGUGUAGAAGACAAGAUGUUUAAAUAAAGAGAAUAAAGUGUUCCAUAUAACCAAGAGCAAAGUGAAAGAUGGGUUUGAAUGCUGGAGGAAUUUAUUUUUUAAAUGAAGUGCUGUUAAGAAUA